CACCGUUAAAGUCAAUUUUCGUUUGGGGAUGCUUGAGCUAACGUGAAGGGUUAGCACUCCUAUUCUUGCAUCGCCCGGUUAUUAUUCGGGGAAAUGCACAUCGGCUAGUCCGCGCAAUCGAACGAUUACAAUCCACGCCUGGAGGGGAGGUCGGUUGCGGUUCGUGAAUCGCGUUCCUCGAUGACGGUCGUGUAAACAUAAACCGUCGGAGCUUGCGUUUCGAACACAAAAAGUGUUAAUAAAUAAAUAUCCAUAUCCGAUCGGCGCGUAGCAGCGGGUAGCAGCUAUUCCGAUGCCAUGAAGAUGAUUGGCCGCAGGUGCUAAAGCAAUUAGGUUUACCCAAACGGAGGAGUUCCAAGAGCUGGCGCGUGUUUGUGUACGAUUACCCCUAUUGAUAGCCGGCGGGUGUUGGGCGAUAUUUUUGGAUCAAAAUUUGGAUACCAUUUUCUAUGGGGUGGACAGAAACAAAAGUUUUGCUCAAAUACGCAACUGGCUCAGUAGACGCGAAGUGUUUUUUGAGUGGAGCGGUCGCAUGGUGUGGUACUUACUUAGUGCGAUGACGAAUGGUUCGUUCUUAUCAGUUAGUCUCCUCGCUUUAAUCAUAGCAGUCGAUGCUGUUUAUAGCGAUGGCCAACUUCGCUGUGAAUUUCGUGACUCAGUGAACAUUAGUGGUGGAGUACGAGACGGCCAGCAGAAUAUUCUCUACGGUGGUCUCAAAUACGGACCGGAACAUUACGCUCUAAUAAACUACGACUACGUGAGCUACGAUGAAAUUGUGGAAGUUCCCCGUUAUUAUCGAGGAUGCAUUUGUCAACUUACAAAUUGCGUACGUCUGUGCUGUCCGGUGGGCGAGUGGUUUUCCAGUGAUGGCGAAAGAACAAUCUGUAAUGAGGCCGUCAGUGGAUUACCAUUUAAGGUGUGGGCGAACAUUAGUUCCGUAAGUGGUAUGCGUGUUGCCAAUCUGCUGGAUGAAACAAACUUUGGAUUCGUGCAUCACAAACCCUGCCCUGGGGUGCUUCCUGGGGAAUUGGAGGAAUGGUACAUGGAUGACCAUGGGACAAUACAAAUGGUGGAAGAUAUUAGCAUACCACAAGACGAAUACUGUUUAGCGAUAUCAGACUACGUCGGUACGGCCGUUCCAUACUUGUGUCCCCUAAUCGAACAAGCGAAAGUGACAUACUCCAUCGGAAUAAUUUUAUCCAUCCCCUUUCUAUUGGCCACAUUGUUCAUCUACGCUUGCAUACCGGAGCUCCGCAACAUUCACGGCAAAUCGCUGAUAUGCUACAUCCUGGCACUGACUUUCGCCUACGUGAUGCUGCUGCUGAUAAACUUCCACUGCUCCUUUAUUCCGUGCAACGUUAUGGGCUACAUGCUGUACUUUUCCGUUCUGGUAAGUUUCUUCUGGCUCAACGUGAUGUGUUUCGACAUAUUCUGGACCUUCAGCAGUGGAGUGGUUAUAAAAAAUGAACGAAAACGAUUUAUUCACUACGCACUGUACGCUUUUGGAUGCCCAACGGUGAUCUUGAUAAUUGCGCUGGUCUUUGAUCAUACCGAGCUAAUAGUGGAGGAGUAUAGGCCUCGGUUCGGAGAGUACGGUUGUUUUAUCUUCCGUGAUAAACUGGUCGAAUUUAUUUACUUCUACCUCCCGCUUCUAAUAUUGGUGAUGGCUAACUUGUACUUCUUCGUGGUAACCGCCAUCCGAAUCGUUCGAAUUCAGCACGCCACGGACGUGGCUUUGCGGAAUGGCUCGAGGCGGCACAGUAAAUUCGAAAAGGACCGUCACAGGUUUAGCCUCUAUCUGCGGCUGUUUAUUGUAAUGGGUGUAACGUGGACAUUUGAAAUCGUGUCCUGGGCAGUAGGAAGCAGCGAUUGGUUCUUCUACGUGUCCGACGUGUGCAACUGUUUGCUGGGCGUGAUUAUCUUUUUUCUUUUCGUUUGGAAACAGAAGGUGAGACAGCUGGUAGUGAAAAGAAUAGGCAACCAUCAGGAACUUAGACGGCGGAAGUCUACAUCCGCGAGUGUGGUUUCAUCGACGGGAGCCACUAAAUUUACCAGUAUUCAGGAUUCUACGGUUACGCAACCGCCGGUGAAUGCUUGAGGUCUUGCUCUGAUGGAUUCUAGGAAUUUCAGUACGGGUUACUCGCUUGAAAUACAGAAGCAUUUGUGUCGAUAUUGAUUAUUAAGUACACGUUCAUUUUAGGGGCGCACACGAAAGGUGUUAUAUCGCUUUAAAAAUCAAUCAAUUGUAUUUGAACUUUUACAAUGUAUGACAUCAAUUUUAUAGACACACAAUACUCGCGUACG